CUCUCUUCCAACUUUCCUCCUGAUUUAUUUAUACCCUUUAUUGCCGCUCCAUCUUCACUUAAACCAGGAAGAGACAUCCUCAGCCAUUCAGCUUUGUAUCUUGACCAACUACUCCUCGAUCGAAGAAGCCAGUUGCUCAUCUUCUCAGCAUGAACAAGGACACCAUUUCCUCAUCCGCACGUCGACCUAGUCGGGAUAUGGUCCAAAUGGACUCGUUUGCUUCGUCCUCGUCCACAACUUCAUCCAAGGGUCACAAAAACAUCGGCAGCAAAGACGACAGCGACAUUGAAAGCGAUGGCGGCAAGUAUCAUUCUGGCAAAUCUCUCCAUGACGACUCGGACUUGAGCAACGAUGUCCAUGGCGAGGUCGGCAAGGGACUCCAACGGAACCUGCAGGCUCGCCACUUGACCAUGAUCUCUCUUGGUGGCACAAUCGGCACAGGAUUGUUCUUGGCGUCAGGAUCAUCGAUUGCGACGGCAGGGCCGGGAUACUCGCAGAUAGCGUACUCGUUGAUCGGAACCAUGGUGUUCUGCUUCAUGUCCUCGUUAGGCGAGAUGGCGACGUACCUGCCCAUCACAGGGUCGAUUAAUGCCUAUGGCACACGGUUCUUUGACCCAGCACUGGGGUUCAUGCUGGGAUGGGUUUACUGGUUCUCAUGGUCCGUUACACUUGCAACUGAGCUCGUCGCAUCAUCUCUCAUCAUUUCGUACUGGAUCCCUCAGGAAAAAUGUCCCGGCUGGGUCUGGGCGCUCGUCUUCAUCACCAUCCUCACCUCACUCAACAUGACCUCCGUCCGUGCGUACGGCGAAACCGAAUACUGGCUCAGUCUCAUCAAAGUCCUUGCCGUCAUCGUCUUCAUCAUCGUCGGCUUUGUCUAUAUUGGUGGAGCAAUCGGGACCCCAGUCCCUGGAGCACCCACGCCAGGACCACAAGUCUUUGACAUGGAUCCCUUCCACGGAGGUUUUGUGGCCCUAUUUUCAAUCUUCCUCAAUGCCGGCUUCUCGUUCCAGGGCGCUGAGCUGGUCGGAAUUGCUGCGGGAGAGACUAAGAAUCCCCGGAAGAACGUGCCUAGGGCGAUUAAGCAGGUCUUCUGGCGAAUCCUGAUGUUCUAUGUCCUCACCAUCCUGAUCAUCGGUAUGACCAUCCCCUACAACGACCCGGAUCUCGCGAACGCAGAAGGAGAUAUCCGCCAGUCGCCCUUCACACGCGUCUUUGUUCAGGCGGGAAUCAGCAUCGGUGGCGAUAUCAUGAACGCCGUCAUCUUAGUCGCCGUCUUGUCUGCUGGUAAUUCUGGUCUCUAUGCGUCCUCGCGUGCGCUGCACACGUUGUCCCAGGAGGGCAACGCUCCCAAGUUCUUUGGCUACAUAAACCGCCACGGCGUCCCCGUAUACUGUGUCCUCGCCACAGCCCUGAUCGGCUGCUUGGCCUUCAUUGUUUCGCUCCCACAGAUCGGUCAGGGUCAGGCCUACAACUGGCUCUUGGCUUUGGCCUCGACCACGGGCUUCAUUGCCUGGUUGGGUAUUGCGUUCUGCCAUAUUCGCUUCCGUAUGGCCUACAAGGCUCAGGGUCGGUCGCUGCAGGAUCUGCCCUUCGUCUCAAACCUGUACCCGUUCGGGCCAAUCUACACGAUCGUUGUAUGUUUGGUCAUUCUCUUUGGUCAGGGCUACACGGCCUUCCAACCCUUCAGCAUCAAGAUGUUUUUGUCUGCCUACGUGACCUUGCCCUUUGUCUUCAUCCUAUACUUUGGAAACAAGUUUUGGAGCAAGACCAAGAUCCUGCGCCUUGUCGAUGUUGAUCUCGACACGGGACGGAGUUAUGUGGAAAUCAGCUCAUCCGGCAAGAGAGAGGACAACGAUGAGAACGAGGUGAAAAAGAGCUGGUUCCGUCGCACGCUGGGGCUCGUCUUUUAGUUUUUUAAUACAAAUAAUGUUAUGG